UGACCACAUCCGGGUAUUUUCGUGUAUGCGGAAGUUGGAGUACCACUUGAAGAUGACGUUGAGCGGGUCGAUAUGAGAACACAAGUCCAGACGAGCGGAGAGAAACAGCCCUGCAGCUCUGGCUCAUGGCAGAGAUGGAAUGUCGCGUGUUGUCCAUUCAGAGUCAUGUUGUCCGCGGAUACGUGGGGAAUAAAUCGGCAACAUUCCCGCUGCAGGUCCUGGGUUUUGAAGUGGACUCCAUCAACUCUGUGCAGUUCUCCAACCACACAGGCUACGCCUACUGGAAGGGUCAAGUCUUGACAGCCGAUGAGCUCAACGUGCUGUACGAGGGCAUCAAGCUCAAUAAGGUCAACCACUAUGACUAUAUCCUCACAGGGUACAGCAGGGACACGUCCUUCCUGACGACUGUGGUUGACAUCAUUCAAGAGCUGAAAAAGGCCAAUCCCAGUCUGGUAUAUGUUUGUGAUCCUGUGAUGGGAGACCACGGUGCAAUGUAUGUCCCAGAGGAACUUCUGCCAGUCUACAGGGACAAAGUAGUGCCUUUGGCUGACAUCCUUACACCCAACCAGUUUGAAGCAGAGCUGUUAACCGGAAGAAAAAUCCACACAAUAGAAGAUGCAUUGGAGGCAAUGGAAAUGCUUCAUAAGAUGGGUCCUGAGAUGGUGGUCCUCACGAGCACUGACUUGCCUUCAAAACGAGGAGACCACUACCUGGUGGCCCUCGGGAGCCAAAAAACAGUCAAACCAGACGGGACCAUUAGCAGUCAGAAGAUCUGCAUGGACAUCCCCAAAGUUGAUGCGGUGUUUGUGGGGACGGGGGACCUGUUUGCUGCCAUGUUGUUGGCCUGGACACACCAUCACCCCAAAGACCUGAAGGCUGCCUGUGAAAAGACUGUUUCGGUCAUGCACCAUGUAAUUAAGCGCACCAUUACUUACGCUAAUGAAAAAGCCGGCCCGGGGAAAAGGCCGAGCCCGGCACAGCUGGAGCUGAGGAUGGUUCAGAGCAAAGCCGACAUUGAGAAUCCGACCAUCGUAGUGGAAGCGACUGUUUUACAAAAGUCCUAAAAUGCACACACAGGUACAGGAUGUUAAAUGUAGGAUUGUUCCCAUCCAGAUGUUAAACUGGUCCAAGACCUCUACUCUGUACGGAGACACUCCAGAAUCACUGCCGUACAUCUCUAACUACUGUAAAUCAAAACGAAAGCAUUAUUAGCCAAUAGGGCUUAUUUUUAGAGACAGGUUACUUGACUAGUAAAUGUACUUGAAUACUCCUUUUAGACAUGACACUGAAAUAAUACACGGGAAUAAAUAGAUGCAUGCUUGUCCAUGCCUCUGCCUGUUUAGGUUUUAUUAUGAAGUCACCAUAGGUGCGAUGUUGUCUAAGCUACACAUAGGCCAAACUAUGUAACCUCAUGUCACAACAAAGAAGUGAAAUGUUUUUACGUAAUAACAAAGAUGUCACUUUAGUGCAUUGUGCAUUUAGUGUCAUUGCUUUGGGAGUCACUUGAAGUGGUACGUUCAGGUGUGAGGCUUUGUGAUACGCGUACUGUAACACCCAUGCAGUUUUACUUCAUUGGUGGUCCAUAUAUUUUAAUUUAUCCACUUUAUUUUCCACUCUUUAUCAAAUUGUUUUUGAUGUUUUGAAUCCACACACUCUUUUAAUAUAUUUCUGGUAGGGUUUCUCACUUUGUUGUUGAGAUAAUGCACACGUAAUAUUAGAUCCUGAUCUUAAACAUCUCAAAUUGAGGUUUGCGCAGAUAAUCUUUGACAUAUAUAUGGUGUGAAAAUGUGUUUGCUCCCUUCCUGAUUUCUUUUUUUUUGUGCAUGUUUGUCACAGUUAUGUAAAUGAAGCAUUUUAUUAUUAAGGGAGAAAAAAAAUCCAAACCUCCAUGGCCCUGUGUGAAAAAGUGAUUGGCCCCGUUAAAACACGAGGAGAUUAAUUGCGAUCUAUCAGCCUGGAAAAGGGUAUAAAGCCAUUUCUAAAGCUUUAGGACUCCAGCGAACCACAGUGAGAGCCAUUAUCCACAAAUGGCGAAAACAUGGAACAGUGGUGAACCUUCCCAGGAGUGGCUGGCCAACCAAAAUUAUCCCAAGAGCGCAGCAACGACUCACCCAAGAGGUCACAAAAGACCCCACAACAACAUCCAAAUAACUGCAGGGCUCACUUGCCUCAAUUAACGUCAGUGUUCAUGACUGCACCAUAAGAAAGACACUGGACAAAAAAGGCCUGCGUGGCAGAAUUCCAAGACGAAAACCACUGCUGAACAAAAAGAACAUUAAGGUUCAUCUCAAUUAUAGAUAGAUACUUUAUUGAUCUCAAGGAGAAAUUCACAUUCGUCUCAAUUUUGUCAGAAAACAUCUUGAUGAUCCCCAACACCUUUGUCUGACGAGACAUUGAACUUUUUGGAAGGUGUGUGUCCCAUUACAUCUGGUGUAAAAGUAACACCGCAUUUCAGAAAAAGAACAUACCAACAGUAAAAUAAGGUGGUGGUAGUGUAAUGGGCUUGGCCUGUUUUGCUGCUUCAGGUCCUGGAAGACUUGUUGUGAUAAAUGGAAUUCUGCUGUCUACCAACAAAUCCUGAAGGAGAAUGACCGGCCAUCUGUUUGUGACCUCAAGCUGAAACAAACGGACAAUGAACCAAAACACACUAGCAAGUCCACCUCUGAAUGGCUGAAGAAAAACAAAACGAAGACUUUGGAGUGGCCUAGUCAAUGUCCUGACCUGAAUCCUAUUAAGAUGCUGUGGCAUGACCUUAAAAAGGCAGUUCAUGCUGGAAAACCCUCCAAUGUGGCUGAAUUACAGCAAUUCUGCAAUGAGUAGGCCAAAAUUCCUCCACAGUGCUGUAAGAGACUCAUUGCAAGUUAUGGCAAAUGCUUGAUUGCAGUUGUUGCUGCUAAGGGUGGCCCAACCAGUUAUUACAUUGAGGGGGCAAUCACUUUUUCCACACAGGGCCAUGUAGGUUUGGAUUUUUUUCUCCCUUAAUAAUAAAAAGUUUCAUUUAAAAACUGCAUUUUGUGUUUAGUUGUGUUGUCAUUGAUGAAUAUUUAAAUUUGUUUGAUGAUCUGAAACAUUUAAGUGUGACAAACAUGCAAAAAAAAAAAGAAAUCAGCAAGGGGGCAAACAGCAAACACUUUUUCACACCACUAUAUAUACAUAUAUGAAUCAUCACUAUUUUUCUUCAUUGCCAUAUCGCCACACUUGUGAAUAGCCUUAAAGCAGUUAGGAAGUUGUGAAUGUUUUGGGGUUUUUUUGUGUACGACUGAUCCAAAAAAAAACAUUUGAAGGCCAAAACCUUCAGCAGUUGCUCUCACAGAGCAAAUAAAACGACAAUAAUAAUAAUAAUAAAUCAUCUAAUAACUUUCCCACAAGUGUGUGUUUCUUGUAUUUGAAAAAUGCCUAAAACAAGAAAAAGUGCUCUGGCUUGUUUGGUUUUGGUUUUGUUGUGAGCCUUAUCGUUGAUCAUCAAAUUGGGUGCUGUACUAAGUGUCUAUGGAAAAGUUCCAAAGAAAUGCACACGUUAUUUUCACUAGAACCAAUAUUAACUUGGGAACAGAUGUGUACCUCUUUAAAAAUGCAUUGCUAGACAGUGCAGUAUGAACAAGAAGUAAAAUAGUUUGAAAUCAGAGCAUACGUGUGCUAUUUGUAACAAUGUAUUCGAUGAAAAUCGGGUACAUUGAAAUGAGUAUCGUGUGAGUGCUUAAUAGUGUGGUAGUGUGAUUAGGGGCAGGUAUGGUUGUGCUCG